AUGGGAUGCCUUGCAACCCACAGGAUUGACCGUUCCUUAUUUCCGGUGCUGACUCUACUCGAGACCAAGGUAGCCAGUUUGGGCCGGAAAGAUGGUUGUUUGGACAUCACCUCACCAGAGAAUCCUUUGUGGCAUCUAUCGAGCAAGGCUGCGUCGUAUGCUGCAAAUUCGCAGAUUUACCACGUCUACGAUAUGAUUCCGCAUAAAGGCCUGGAUGAAAACUUGAACUUUGAAAUAGGGGCAUCUACUGGCGACCAGACAACGUGGGUGUUAAUUGAGCGGUGGCUGAAUCGGUGUCUUCAAGGACAUCCGACUUGCGAUUACCAACAUGAUGAGGCAAAGUUUAUCCCAAGCCGGCUAUUAGAGCUACAUACAAUCAGUUCUGAGAAGAAAAUGUUCCGUGUUGUUGAGAGGCAACAGAUCCAGCCCGAGGAGCGCUACAUAACUCUAAGCCACUGCUGGGGCUCAACACCAUCUAACCCCAAUUUGAUCUUGUUGAAAGACACAUUCCAGAGUCUCAGAGAGUACCAGCAACUCUCUGUCCUUCCAAAAACAUUCAGAGACGCUUUCACCAUUAUCGAACGGUUGAGAAUCCGUUACAUAUGGAUUGACCGUCUCUGUAUACUCCAGGAUUCUGCUGAGGACUGGCAAAGAGAAUCCGCAGCUAUAGGGCAAGUUUACAGGAAUGCUUUUCUGGGGAUAUCUGCAUUAAGCUCUAGCAACGAUGCUGGUGGCUGUUUUUUCUCGCGCGACUCUGCAAAAGUUGCCCCUAGCAUCGUCAACAUACGUGUCGAUGAUUCGAGUGAUCCUAAGUCAUUCAGGUCUCGCGGAGAAAAAGGAUGGCCUUUGCCACGAAAAUUUGGGCAAGAACCUCUGCCAAAGCGAGGUUGGAUUUUGCAGGAACGCCUUUUAUGCCCACGUGUUCUGCACUUCGGUCGGGAACAAGUUUUCUGGGAAUGCAGAGAAUGUACCUGCUGUGAAACUCAACCGAACAAUGCUUACGAGCGUGAUGAUCGUCCUCGCAGAGCCAAUAUCGAUACUAAUGGAGGGUAUCAUGACGAAACGUCGUUAUCACAGCCGGUCUUCCAAUAUAACCACUUCUGGAAACAGCUUCUUGAUGCUCCAAGGCUAAGGUACAGUAUUGAUCCCAGAGACCGGAUCUACGAAGAGUGGUACGCAAACAUGAAUGUUUUCUCGGCUUGCCAACUUACAGCUCCCUCGGACAAGCUUGUGGCCAUUUCUGGCUUGGCAAAGGAUGUUCUGAAGCGCCUCGAAAAUCUUGGUUAUGACAAAGACGUUUAUCUUGCUGGGCUUUGGCGUCAGAAUCUACCCGGCUGUUUGACUUGGAAGAUCUUUGAACCCUGUCGCAGACCUCCUUUGUAUCGCGCCCCUUCCUGGUCGUGGGCUUCUGUGGACGGUGCUGUUAAGUUUCCAGACACAGAUAUUGUCCAGAGGAAAGCUGCUUGCUCUUUAGCACUUGUCAUCGGCGCUGAAUGUAUUCCUUGCGGAGAAGAUGAGACUGGUCAAGUGAGCAGUGGCACUGUCACCUUGAAAGGACCCAUCGCGUCUGCAAAGCUCAUUUCAAGUGCCUCGAAUUUGGAAGACACUGCCAUGUCUGUACAGAGCCUUGAGGCCCUUGAAGUGGAAGGUCAUAAGACUACGGUGAAAUAUCCGCCAGGUUUGUGCAAGGUUAUAUUUGAUGUCAAGAGCGAAAUGCGCGCCGAGAUCUACUGCCUGCCAAUUGAAGCUUUUCAUGUGGCCAGAAAGUUUUGGAAGUUAUCUGGCUUGGCUUUAAUUCGGACUGGGAGAGGCACGUACUCUCGAGUUGGCUACGUUGGAAUGUUGCACGAGAGUGAGGCGGCUGCGAAGAAUUUUUUCUCUGGGUUUCCGGAGUAUACUUGCGUCCUCGAGUGA